GGUGCGGCGCCGCUCUCUGUUUACCUGAGACACCUGUGCCCCUGUGUUGUUAGCACACACACUUCACGCCCGCCCUCCGGCCGAGAGAGGACGAAAACACGACUGCUACAAGGAUGAAGGGGCUCCCGGUGCUGUCCCUGCUCCUCUGGAUGUGUGCGGUGUACUUUGUGGGCAUCUACCUGUUUGUCGGCGGCUUCCUGCUGGUGAGGCUGGAGGUGAACCGGACCAGCACCUGCGGAGACGUCCUCCAGCCCGGAGAGGAGCCGGUGGACUUCUGCCGCGUCCAGCCGCGCUUCCGCAGGGCUGUGAUCCUCAUCAUCGACGCCCUCAAGAUCGACUUCGCCUGGUUCGACCCCAACAACACGGAUCCCCGGCCCUACGAGAACAAGCUGCCCGUGCUGGAGGAGACGGUCUCAUCCAGGCCUUCACACAGCCGCCUGUACCCGUUUCGUGCAGACCCGCCUACCACCACCAUGCAGAGGAUCAAGGGCUUCACCACUGGCUCCUUGCCCACCUUUGUGGAUGUGGGGAACAACUUUGCAUCCAGUGCUAUACUGGAGGACAACCUCAUCCACCAGUUUGGGCAAGUCGGUAAGUAUUUCCACAGUUGUAUCCAUGCAAAACACACAUUUUCUGCAGAACUCAAGAGGAACAUCUACCUUCACAGUCUAACACACACAGCUGAG